CGAGCUGUUCGCGCAUGCGCUGCGCGAUACAUGUGUGCAAAACACAACCGAUUAUACGUUCAUGCGCUACAACCUUUCGAUAUACUUUAAUAUAGAGUCGGAUGGUCCGAGUCAAAAAGCAAAUUAAUAUGGACACUAGCGCCACGUUGCGUAUCUCGCGUGUACUUCUUACCGGGCGCCCUGGCAUUGGAAAGACUACAAUAUGCAAAGAGCUAAUUUCGAUGAUGAACAAGGAAAAUUAUAAUCUUGAAGGGUUUUAUACGGAAGAAGUAAGAGAUCAAGUUGGUAGCAGGAUUGGAUUUGAUGUUGCGCUCGUCAACCGUUCUGGGGAUAAAUCGACAUUGGCACGAAUCGAAGACGUGAUAAACCAGUCACAACGGUCAAAAUAUAAAGUGGGAAAAUACCAUGUGUUUCUUAAUAAUUUUGAAGAAAUGGCAUUACCAAUCUUCGACUCGAACGCAGAUAUACUAAUUAUUGAUGAAAUUGGUAAAAUGGAAUUGUUUAGCCAAAAGUUUCACGACCAAGUACUGAAGUUAUUUUCUAAAAAUUUCAGCAAACCUUUUAUAAUUGCAACGAUACCUGAAACGCAUAAAGCGCCGCAUAAAUAUUUACCGCUGUUCCAACAGCUCUGUACGGAUAAAAAAUCUAAACUUAUAACUGUGAAUCAUCAUAAUCGAAACACUUUACCGGAAGAAAUUUUCCGUAUGAUUUCGUAAGGUACAAUUUGUUCAUUGUUGCAAGAA